AUGAAGGCUGUUACAAUCGCCGCUGCUGGUGCAGCGGUCGUCACCACCGUUUCUGCCGCCAGCCAUGUCAAGCACAUGCACGCGAAACUACACGCAAAUGUCGCACGCGACACCUGGGUCGACUGGAAUACGACCACCUCUACUUCUGCCACACCUGUAGCUCCCGCUUCGACAAAGACCACCACCACGAAGGCUCCGGUCAAGGCUGCUUCCACUACAGGAACCUCUUCAACUUCGUUCCUCUGGGAGGACUGGACUUCUAGCUCCCUUGCGGUUGAUCCCGCAAAGACCUCGAGCACCACCAGCUCGAUCGCGUUUACUGAGACCUGGGGUGACUGGUCUACCACUUCGUCACUUGUGGUUGAUCCCGCUACCACCAGCACCGAGGAGCACACUUGGGGCGAUUGGAGCUCUAGCGUUCCUGUCGAUCCGGCUUCAACCUCGAGCACUGAGGAACACACCUGGGGUGACUGGACGACCACUUCGUCGCUUGUGGUUGAUCCUGCUACUACAAGCACUGAGGAACAUACCUGGGGUGACUGGACAACCAGCGUUCCGGUUGACCCUACCUCGACAGCGACCGUGACCGAGACUUGGGGCGACUGGUCGAGCGUUGACGAAACUACAACUAUCACUUUGGCCUCGACCAUUACUGAGACCAAGUAUGUCGAGCCGAUCGCCGCCGAAUCGACUGAAUCCACGUGGGCAGAUUGGAGUUCCUCUACAUCCUCAGCGUCCCCGGUCGCAGCAGCCACCACUGAUACGACCUCGAGCUGGUUCGCUCCCUCCGCCACGGUCGCCGCCGACAGCUGCGCUAUCUCCAUCAUUACUUCGUAUGGCCUUCCAACUUGGUAUCCUACGCCUGAUGUUGCUGUGAACACAACCAGCAGCACUACUUCCGCCCACACCUGGGGAGAUUGGACCUCAACAUCCAGCACGCCUGCUGCUGCCGUCACAACCACCAGCACCACGUCCUCCGCUGCAACUUGGGGAGAUUGGGCUUCAACAAGUGAGAGCCCGGUAGUUGUCGUCAGUUCGAGCGAGACGGCCGCCAGCUGGGCGCCCACGCCUGAUACCGCGUCUGCUUAUGGUGGAUUCGGCCCUGCUUCGUCUGGGGCAGCGAAGCCCAGCGGCGGUUCAGGUGGAUCGCACAGCGGAAGCCCUGGCAUCUCUUCCAAUGGAGACUCCUGGGGCAUGACGUAUUCGCCAUACACUGCACAGGGAGGUUGCAAGGACGCCGGCAUAAUUGCCCAUGACAUGGCCAUCAUUGCACAGAAGGGAUUCACCUCGGUCCGUGUCUAUAGCACUGACUGCAGCACGCUUGAAAACAUUGGUGGCUCUGCCCGUGACAAUGGUCUGAAGCUUAUUUUGGGAGUUUGGAUUUCUGCGACAGGCAUCUCAGGCGCUCAAGGCCAGGUCCAUGACAUCAUUUCCUGGGCUCAAUGGGACCUUGUCGAACUCAUUGUUGUUGGUAACGAGGCUGUCUUCAACGGCUACUGCUCUGCCAGCGAGCUAGCUGGCUUCAUCUCCAGCAGUGCAAGUGCAUUCAAGGCCGCGGGCUACACCGGCGCUGUCACCACCACCGAGCCAUUGUCUGUGUGGGAAGAUACGAGCAGUUCCUCUGCCUUCUGCAGCGUCGUCGAUGUUGUCGGUGCCAACCUGUACGCCUUUUUCAACGCAGAUGUGACAGCCGAUAAAGCGGGCGGAUUCAUCCAGGCGCAGAUCAACAUCUUGGAUUCGAUUUGUUCAGGCAAGCCGGUCUAUGUUCUCGAGUCUGGGUGGCCCCACUCUGGUAACUGCAACGGUGCCGCUUGCCCCAGCCCUGCAAACCAGGCAACUGCUCUCAAGGGCAUUCAGUCUACCGUGGGAGCCCAAGUCGUCUUCUUGAGCUACGAGGACGAGCCAUGGAAGGAACCCGGCCAGUUCGGCGUGGAGCAAUUCUGGGGUUGUGCCAAUGUUUUCUAA